AGUCACUUCAACAAUAAUAUUCGAACAGUCAACGAGCUGAGUUGAGGCUUUUGUACCGGAAAGAAGUGUUGCAAUCAGUAAAACAAGGCGAACACGACGAGUGCGCUUAGCGUGGUGCUCAUCGGUUCUCUCUUUCGUUGCAGUUACCGACGAUUCAGCAGCUAAAUAGCAAUCACAAUUAAAGCGUAAAAGAAACAAACAAACAACAAAAGCCACAAAAUGUCUGACCGAAAGGCUGUCAUCAAGAAUGCCGACAUGAGCGAGGAGAUGCAGCAGGAUGCUGUCGACUGUGCGACACAGGCCCUGGAGAAGUACAACAUUGAGAAGGACAUUGCCGCCUAUAUCAAGAAAGAAUUCGACAAGAAAUACAAUCCAACAUGGCAUUGCAUUGUGGGACGCAACUUUGGAUCGUAUGUGACACACGAGACGCGCCAUUUCAUUUACUUCUAUUUGGGCCAGGUGGCCAUACUACUGUUUAAGAGCGGUUAAAGUAUUGUCGAGUCGGAUGCGGUGGUGGUCGGGAGGCUGAUGGCCGAGCAGCAGCUGUUGCAGCAACACCAACAA